CAAAAAUCAAAAAAUGAUGAGCGAGUGUGGUAAAACAGUUUGAGGAAGAAAAAGGGGAAUCGUCGUCUUCUUCAAUCUCCUCAAGAUUCGUGUCCGUACAGCCAUGGCGCCGAUGAGGAAGUCAAAAGCACAAGCUGCAUCACUUAAAAAUCAACAACAACAAGAACAAGAAGCGUGUAUUAAAUCGCCGUUAAACCACUGGUCUUUUCUGGACGAAAUUGAAGCUCCGAUGUGGAUAGAUCUCAAAUAUGAAGCUAUGGGGACUUUACAUGAAAAUGAUGAUGGAUGGUUCCUGAUGACACACCAGUUCCACCAAUGCUCUUCACGCCAGUUAAUUUCUGCGUUUUCUCAUUCUGGUGAGGUCUGCGCAAACUCUGUAUCCGGUGGGCAAGAGCCUUGUUCGCCAAAGCUUCCAUCUUCAGUCUCAAAGUCAAGAGGAAAGCAUUACAAAAGUAGAGUAUGGGCACAUAGCAAUCGCACAUCUACAACUAAGCAGCAUCCAGUGAAGAACAUAAGCAAUAAAUUGUCAGGUGUCACAUUAAAAGAUGUGAAGAAAGUUGAACCUCGACUAGAACUCGAUUUGGUAACGAAACGUGGUCUCUUGCCAACAGGUGAAGAUUGUGAAAACAAUAUAAGUGAAACUGCUGGAUCAAGUACAUCUAAAUUGACUAUGAGUGAUCAUCGCACAGAAACGUUUUUAGGUGCUACAGUUUCUAGGGAAGGUGAAAAGAAUUCAAUAAGCACCGUUACAUCUGAAAGCUCCAAGCAGAAUGACAAAUCGCUUGAGGUAGCUAAACAAAUUAGUGGCCAACCAAGUAAGCUCUUGUUGUCUCUGCGGACUAGUCUUAGAAAAAGCUGUGCUACAAGGCCGGCGACAGGGACGGAUAUUAACAGAGUGAGGAAGUCUGUAGGCACUAGAUCAUCCUCAAGUAAAUCUAGUGUAGGUUCCUCUACAAACCCUGGUCAUGAUGUUAAUAACAUGACAGCUAGAGGGAUACUGUGUAAUGACAAGACUCCAGAGAGUAGAAAUGCUAUGGGAAUCUACCAAGCUCAAAAGAACAUGUUGAAAGUUCCCAACCUAUCAAAAGCCUCUUCAGUUAUUCAGGAAAAAAGUUCCGGUUCUGGACGGAAGGUUGAAGCUGCUGGUCAGAAGUCCAUCAACCAAGAAACUUCGAAUGCACAGGUUCAAAGUCGUCCUGUACGUCCGAAAGUUUUAUUGCCCCAAAGGACGCAUGGAUCAGAAUCUAGUAGGUUGAUUGCUUCAAAACCCAAGGGUAAAGUUCAAGUCAGUGAGCAACGUAAGAAAGUUCUUGGUUCUGGUAAAGAAAACAUGGUAGAAACGAUGACAAAAAGCAAAAAUUUGUUGGCAAGAGGGAAGGUAGCUGAAGUCAACGCACAGGUUCAAAAAGCAACGAAGGAAAGAAUUCCAGCAAAGAAAGAUGUUGGGAAACAGGUUUGUGUGAAGAAGAAUGUCACUAGUCGAAAUGGUCAAGAAACAUCCGGAGGCUUGGUUCAGAAGCUUUACUUGCGGUAGGAAUGAUGCGUUCCCCAUUUUGUAAAUAGAGCAAACUUCAUGUCGGCUUUUCCCUUUAUCCUGGAUGGAGUAACAAAUAUUCACCACUCUACUCUACACAGACUUCUGUGGUUCAAAUGUAUAAUGCAUACAAAUUAUGCUACUAUUGUAAGUCUUUUUGCUUCCUAGUUAUGGAGUCAGGGGCAUCCACCCUUUUGGAGAAGGGUACUAAAGUACAUGAAUUUGUUAGUUCCUUGGUAUAAUCUUCCGACUUCUGUGCA